AGGAGGGCAUGGUCUCUGGAGAACACUUGCAAAGAGGAGAAGAAAGUAGAAAGACGAGGGUGAGCAGCAGCGACAGAAGGAGGGAGAGAUCAUCUUAGAGAGUGCAACUUACUUGUAGAUGUUUGAUCAGGCCACCACUAUGGGCGAUGGGAACCACCGCUGUGGACCCAACCCGCUGUGUCCGGACCGGAUGGAGACAAAGUGCCGCGCCGAGAUAGGGAGCCGGUCCCCGGUUCAGAGCUCCACCGACACCCCUGGGACAUCAGCGUCCACCCCGACGUCCUCCAGCGAAGACGGACACGACAAACUUUUGGGAGUGGACCCUGACUACUGUCGGAGGAUAUUAGUAAGAGACGCCAAAGGCACCAUCCGGGAGAUCGUCCUGCCGAAGGGCCUCGACCUAGACCGGCCCAAGCGCACGCGGACCUCCUUCACUGCAGAGCAGCUGUACCGGCUCGAGCUCGAGUUCCAGCGGUGCCAGUACGUCGUGGGUCGCGAGCGCACUGAGCUCGCGAGGCAGCUGAAUCUCUCCGAAACACAGGUCAAGGUGUGGUUCCAAAACCGCCGGACCAAACAGAAGAAGGACACCACCAAGGAUUCAGACAAACGCUCCUCCUCCUCAAACGAGUCGUUGGCCACCUGCAACAUCCUGCGCCUCCUGGAGCAGGGCCGCCUCCUAUCGGGCCCCAUCCCGCCACCUAACGCCCUCCUGGGGCCUAUGUCACAUCCAUCAAACGGCUCCCUGCUGAGCAGCCCGGGUGGAGGCUCCUCCACCUCUCCGGGUGUCAGCGGCAACACUCCUCCCAACUCCCUACCAGGGGGGACUUUCGGGCUGUCGCUGCCCUCACUGGGUGGCACCCCGCCCUCACCGCGGCUGGGCAUCCCGCAUCACUCCCUCUGCUUCUCCAUGCCGCUGCUGGGGGGCGCUCACCAUGAACUGACAUCCGCCUACGGCUGCGGUUCCUCAGCUUUUGAGCCGUACAUGCGGCUGGACAGGAAGGAGGCAGAUCUGGGAGGGAAGAAGACAGUUUCUUAAGUAACGCGUCCCUCUUUUAGGACACCAGGGGACUCCUCAGUCCUUCACCCUGCCGCCUGAUUGACACUUGACAUUCAGCAGAAAGGAAGAAACCUGGAACAUAAGAAAUGUGAAAAAGGAAAAGACCAGGUUCCUUUUGUGGCACCAUUUUGUGCCACAGCACUGUUGGGCACCCUGACACAAAAUCGUGAAAAGGACGUGAUGUGAGGGCGACUCCCCCACAUGUAAAAACAAACGAAACAAAAAAAAACUUGUGAAUUUUUGCAAAAAUGCCGUGUGUGUGUGUGUGUGUGUGUGUGUGUGUUGCGUGAACCCUGACAGACAGAUGUUUUUAUCGCCACUCUCUUCGCAGUGGUUUCAGUGACUCUUCACUUUUUGUCCAGUGUGUGUGUGUGUGUGUGUGUGUGUGUGUGUGUGUGUGUGUUGUGUGUGUGUGUGUGUGUGUGGCUUUCUCUCUAUACAGGCCUUCAUUUAAUGUGCAGGAAAAAAAAAAUAGUUGACAUGGAUAGUUCAGACUGAAUCAACGUCUGACUGAGAGCAGUGGUGUUUCAAAGAGAGCAGUUUGUAGGCAUUUCAGUACAUAUUCCCGUACAAGUGGCCAUGUUUGAUUUUAGUUCAUGUGCUAUCCCAAUAUGGAAGAAACACUGAAAAAAAAAAAAAAAAAAGAAUCGUAGCAUUUUAAUAUCAGUCUGUUUGGUGU